AUGGCGCUAGACCUUCCAACAUUUCAUAAGCUCCUCCAUCGAACGUGGCACUCACUUCGAAUUCGACAUCAAAAAUAUUUCAAAGACAAGUCAAGCAAGCUAAUGCAUUCAGCCAAUCAGACUGGGAGGAUGGGCUCUAUGCUACGGCAUGUAUCAUUCAAGACAGCAGCACUUGGAUUUACCUCCCUUUUCAUAGCAGCCAUCAUCUUUAUUUACUACCCUUCAGAAAAGUCUGACCAAAAAGCUUCAUUAAGCAAGAUAUUUGCCAAGAAAGAAGACUCAUCUGAAGAUUUAUUCAAAGGAGCACAAGCCAUAGUAGAGGGGAAAGCAGACUCCAGUCAGGCGUGUAAACAGAUUGAUUUAGAAGCAAAGAUGAACUGGGAAGACCUAAAGAGUGAAGCAGUGAGCAAUGUUAAAUUAAUUCAGAAGAAAGGAUUCUUGGAUGUAUUUGAUAAUGCAGUUAUUUAUUAUAGAGAGGUUCUUCCACCUACAGAGCCUAUUAAAGGCAACCUUUUAUUUCUCCAUGGAAUGAAAUUUAAAUCAUUGACAUGGCAAGACUUGGGUACAUUAAACUACAUGGCUUGUCAUGGUUACAGGGCUGUUGCUAUUGACCUGCCAGGGUAUGGCGAAUCUAAGAAAGUUCAUGAAAGCAAUGACAAGUUCAUGGAAGAAUUGAUGAAGAAGUUGGACAUGAAGCAAGCAGUUAUCAUCAGUCCAUCGAUGAGUGGAUCUUUCUCCAUCCCAUUCCUCAAGUCAAAUGAAGCUGCCUUCAAAGCUUAUGUCCCAGUGGCUCCUGUUGGAACUUCCAAGAUUUCAGAUGAAGAAUAUAAUAAAAUUGAGGUACCUACCCUUAUUAUUUAUGGAGAAAAAGACGAGUCGCUUGGACUGGAAUCACUGAAGGCUCUGAAGAAUCUAAAGAACAAUGAGAUAGUUAUGUUGAAAGAUGCUGGUCACGCUGCUUACCUAGACAAACCACUUGAAUUUCAUCAUCACUUCUUGAAAUUCUGUGAUAAAUACCAUACUUAAGAUCUGUAUACACUGUUGCCAAUCAAAUGCUAGGUAGAAUACCUUGUAAUACUAAUAGAAGUUUUUUGUAGUUCAACAUCGCUUUUUCAGUUUUUUUUUUCUUUGAAAUUAGUACUGUACUUAUGAAUAACACAAUAUAAGAAUCUGGUUUUCUUUGUACAUAAUAUGCAGAUGGAGAUAUCAAAAUAUACACAGUGAACCAAACCUUCAACAUGGCCUCAAAACCAUAAUAUAACAUGGAAUUCUGCCUAAGUCAACCUUCCAUAAGUCAAAUAAUUGCCUAAGUCAAAGUAUUUUUUUUUAACCAGAUUAUUCAAAAUGUGUGUUAUAUCCCUUAAGUACCAUAUAAUUUUCCCCAAGUCUAUCAGAUUGCUCUGGUCCCAGGAGAUUUGACCUAGAUAGAGUUACCUGUGUACAAUCAUAUAUUAUGUUGCUAAAAAUUCUGUCAGUCCUGACCCUAACUUUUUGUCUAAACUUGAACAUAAAGCGAUCUUUAAUGUUUCUUCUCUCCUAUGUGAGUCUGAAUUUUCUUUGAAAUAAAAGAAUGAUUUCAGUCUAAUGUAUAGAAGGCUGAAUGUCUCUUCUUUCUUUUAUCAAUAUUCACAAUGUAUUUUUUAUAUUCAAAGAUGAAUGAAAAUAGUUACAGUAAACACUGAUUUUAUGAGAAAGUCUGUAAAUUGAGGUUAAUUGUCAAUAGAAUUUCAGAUCUGGUAGAGUUAGAUUAACUGGGGUGGUAUUCUGAGGUCAUUUUAUAUUUAAAAUAUUUUAUUUUAUCUCUUAAAAUGAAUUGGUAUUCUGAGAUGACAUUUUAUCUCUCAGAUAAAAUUCAAAAUUUUAUCUUGCGUAUCUAUGAUGAUACGCAACAGAGCAGUGGCUGCGUAGACAAACUCAUUGUGUAUCUUGAAAUUGCAACGCGGGUGAUGUGCUUGCGCCCAAGUUACUUUGAAGAAAAAAAUAAAAUAGACUUAAAAGAGGGUAAGGGCUAUUUUAUCUCCGCGACGUUGAUUUCGGCAAUAUUUGUAGGUGAAUUAACUUCAACUGUUGACAUGAAAAUGAAGAAAAAUUAUAUAUUUAUUGAGAACAACACCUUAACGUUAUUCCUCUUCAAUUAGGAAGUAUUUCAUAAGACAUUUUGACUUAUAUUGUCUUUGAAAUGAUGCUUGAAAAGAUUCUAUAUAGACUUCGAUAAAAGAUGAGUGUAUUGUCAUUUCUGUUAAAAAGAAAUCUCUGUAAAGAUGCGCAAGCGUGUAGUGCAAGCGUGUUUGAAGUCAAUACAUCGAUGCAAUCUCACUCCUUCGCCACUCCUCCUAGUAGAAUGGAUUUCCAUUGGUUGAGUGAUAUGAGAGAGCUAUAAAAGUGCGUUUCUAAUUGGAUAUUGAUUAAAAAAUAGGUGUGUCUUACAGAGAUAAAAUGAAGAUCAAUUCGGAGAGAUUUUAAGGUUUUUUAUCUCACUGAUUUUAACGGAGAUAAAAUAUUUUAUUUUAUCUGAGAUAAAAUGGAUCUCAGAAUACCACCCCUGAACUUUGUGAAAUCAUGGAAUCUAAACAAUCAGACUGAAGAUCACCAAUACAGAUAGCACAUGUGUGAUAUUGUAUCAUUGUUACGUAGAAAAAACACCUGAAAUCGUGCUUUAAUUUUUAUGCUUGUUUUGCUGAUUUCAUCUAGAAUCCUUUUGAAGAUGUUUUUUAUUCAUACAUAUAGACACUUGAAUGGUCAUUAGAUUGGAUUCUCUUUUUGAACAAAAUUGGUACUACAACUGGCAUUUUCACUUGAUGUAAAAGUCUGUUCGGAAAAGACUAUAAACUGGUGUUAUUUAUACUGCACGACAUAUUUUUUUCUAUUCUUAACAAUAGCAGCCUUUGCUCAACCAAGUACUAAAUAUUGACAUGCAUUUGGUUCCAUACAGCAGUGAAGGUCUUUAGAUUUCCAUAUAUUUAUAUGAUUUGAAACAGGGAUGAACAUGCAUAAAAUCACACAUAUAGUAUUGCUCACAUUUUUGUACAAAAUUAGUUAUUGAAAAUAGUGGUGAAGGCUGAUUUGUGAUUGUGAGUUAGCCACAUCAAAAUAUUUGGCAAUAUGCAUGCAUGUUUAUUUUGUUGAAUUUUGGUAUUGUUGCAUUCUUAAAGUUAUUAAGAAUAAAUGAAUGAAAAUAUAUAUGAAUAUAUUUGCUCUGAUAUUAAUGUAUAAAUGUGUGUAAAUAUACUUCGAAUUUGUACCAGAUGAUUGAUUAAAAUGUGUAUUCAAAUAAUGUUUUAAAACUUAUAUUUUGAUGUUAAGAUGAUGAUGUGUAAAUCUAAUAAAAAAUAUUCUGUUACUACCA